AUGGUUGACCCCAACGCCAACGCCCACGUCCCGGGCCCCCUGAGGAAGACGUCCACGACGGGGGAGAGCGUCUACAAGGUGUUAGGUCUGGAGAAAGGAGCCUCGCCUGAAGACAUCAAGAAAGCAUACAGAAAGUUGGCGCUUAAGUACCACCCGGACAAGAACCCGGACAACCCGGAAGCGGCGGAGAAGUUCAAGGAGAUCAACAACGCCCACUCUAUACUCAGCGACGAGACCAAGAGAAAAAUCUACGACGAGUAUGGCUCCUUGGGUCUCUACGUGUCCGAGCAGUUCGGAGAGGAGAGUGUCAAGUACUACUUUCUCAUGUCCAAGUGGUGGUUCAAGGCUUUGGUGGUCUGCUGCACACUGUUCAGCUGCUGCUGUUGUUGCUGUUGCUGCUGCUGUUGUUGCGGAAAGUGCAAACCCCCCGAGGAGGACGAAAACUACCAGUACGUGGACCCUGAGGACCAGGAUGAACAGAUCAAUACGGAACCAGACAGCGGCAAGACGGUAAUCAUAGGCCAGCCCUCGUCUAGCGGGGUCGUCCAGACCCCGGACGGCAACGGUCCGCCCAUCCCGCUGCCCACCCCGUCGGCGCCCGAGCCCCGAGAGGAGGAGAAGCCCCCAGAGAGCUCGCCCGAGUCGAAAUGA